AGUGGGAGGAAUAGUGCCCCAUCAUUGGUGUCAGUGGGAGGAAUAGUGCCCCAUCAUUGGUGUCACUGUGGGAGGAAUAGUGCCCCAUCAUUGGUGUCAGUGGGAGGAAUAGUGCCCCAUCAUUGGUGUCAGUGGGAGGAAUAGUGCCCCAUCAUUGGUGUCAGUGGGAGGAAUAGUGCUCCAUCAUUGGUGUCAGUGGGAGGAAUAGUGCCCCAUCAUUGGUGUCUGUGGGAGGAAUAGCGCCCCAUCAUUGGUGUCAGUGGGAGGAAUAGUGCCCCAUCAU